AUGAUGCCUAUGACUUUACCCCAAGGAAUGACAAUGUUCCCUGUUUUCAUUGUACUUGCAAGCAUUGCUUUCGCAUUAUACAAAAUAAUUGAAAAAGCUGCCAAUAAUGGCAAAGUAACCAAUCAAUCGUUUAGCAAGACGUAUAUCCCUGUGUCUGUUAAAGAUGCAAACAACAAACAUAGGACAGUUGGGCAUUGGAAAGCAGAAAUUUUUGAAUAUCCAGCUGUUGAGGAAUUCAAAAAUUGGUCAAUUAAAGAUACCCCACCAUUACCGUAUCGUGCUUUCAAGCAUACUUACUUUUUUACUAUGGGUAUCAGAUCAAUGGAGUGGAAUUCCUGGAUUGAGAUGGAUAAUGAAUGGAUGAAAUUCCACAACCGGAAACUUGAAAGAUUGGAAAAAAGGAGAUCCGAAUUAGUAGGCACCCAAGACGAUGUUUGGGAUGCAGCUAUUGAACUGCUAAUGGAGUUUAGAGAAUACCUCCCUAAAAGAUAUCCCACGUUGUUUACAAAAACUGAAAAAGGUUUGAAUAAUUUGGUUACUGGUGAGGUCUUUGAAUUCAAUAAUAUACCAAAAAGUGAGUUUAAAAAAGACCCAAUGGAAAUGGCAGCACUUAUGACACAAGAUGAUUUGGCAAUUUUGAAAGAAAACGAAGAUGGUCAGUAUAUUUUAAAGGGUGGCGCAAUUAUGCUUGCAGGUUUCUGGAGAUUAAAGGACAAGAUAAAUUUGCCAUUAAGUGCAAUUCAUACAACGGGGGAUGUCCCUAAAUAUAAUGAAAAGUUAAAAACACCAAUGGAAAAGUUUUUCACAAGAUUGACGUGUGAUAAACCGGUUGUAAGAAACAACUAUUUUAUUCAAACAGAUGAUGAUCUAGCUUGGUCUUCUUCAAUAGGCUCGGAGGAUAUUCCAGAUGUUGGAUGGAACACUGCUGAACCUGCGAACGAUGUCAAUAUGAUUUAUUAUCGUUCAGAGAGACAAUCCGUAAGAAGAUUACCACUUACAGGCUGUAUUGUUUUCACCAUCAGAACUUAUUUUUUGCCAAUUACAAAAAUGUGUUUAGAGCCCCAUGUUCCAAAACGCUUAUUAGACGGUAUUUUAAGUUGGGAUGAUGAUGUUAGACGUUACAGGGGCUACGAAAAAUUCAAAGAUGUAUUAAUUCCUUAUCUUGAAGAACAAACAAAACUUCAGGAAGAAAGGGGAAUAACUGUCGUUAAUGAGCCUAACUCGUACCCAUUCUGA